GGCAAGAACAAGCUGUCCCGAUUUGCCCUAAUUUGGAAAUUGGCCAAAAAAAGGGAGCGAUGGAUGAGGGAGAAACAGAAUGGGAAAUGGAAGCGUACAUAAAAGGAUGGGGUUGUGGAGAUUUUGGGGCACUGCAUUGGGGUUGAGGAAUUUCUUCUUCUUUUAUACUCGUCAAAGGGGAGCGGGAGGGUCCUCUUUCUGAAUUUUGCCGGUGACCCAACUGCUUUCUCUCGCGCUCCCAUUCUCCUGUUCGUCUCCCAGGAUGCCUUAAACACUGUGUGUUCACGACCAUUCUGGUAAUCCAAUUGCAAAGGGGCGAUGGAUUAUUAGGUUGUGAUGGAUUCCAGAAAAUUGGGUGGAAGUCGGCAUGCAUUUAUUAUGAUGUUUUAAAACUUAAUCUGACCUUAAUGUAGUUGAAUCUCAAUGCACUUCUUGGAAAUGAGAGUGAUUCCUGAUGUUUCCAGGGAAGGCAGAUCCUUAGGGAAAACCGUGACGAUUUUCCUUUCAUUGCCAUGUAACUGUCAUUAAGCUGCAUGAAAUUGUUCAUGAUGGCCGUUGUAGUUGAUCGACAUUGUGAGUUUAAGCCGUUUUGCCGAUCUCAGAGAUGUAGGCUUCAAUCCAAUACCCAUAUCGACUUUAGCAAUUGCGAAAUUGACCAAAACAAUUUUGUUAACUCCUUGAGAGAAGCAUUUGAAGUUGCUUGUAUACAUCGAAGCUUUUCAACUCCAUGCCUAUCUUUGGUAGAACAAGUUGAUAACAAGCCGAGGAUUAAAAUUAUGCUUGGCCGUGCUACCACAGGGCUGAACACUGUCAUAGAAGAGGCCACAAAUGCUUUGUCGUGUGGUGUUGGUCCAGUACCAGUGUCGAGCGGGUUAGGUGGUGCGUAUAUCCUGCGUAAUGAAAGUGGGGUUAACAUUGCUGUGGUAAAGCCUAUUGAUGAAGAACCAUUUGCGUGUAAUAAUCCUAAAGGAUUUGUCGGUAGGUUGAUGGGUCAACCUGGUUUGAAGCGCUCGGUUCGGAUUGGUGAAACUGGAAUUCGUGAAUUGGCAGCUUAUCUGCUUGACUAUGGUGGCUUUGUCGGUGUUCCUCCGACAGCUUUGGUAGAGAUCUCAAAUGUUGGAUUCCAUGUUAAUAAUUCAUCUGGGAUUCCGACUACACCGUGCAAGAUUGCAUCACUCCAGAGUUACGUAGAUCACGAUUGUGAUGCUGGAGACCUUGGUCCCUCUAGUUUCUCUGUCGCUGCAGUUCAUCGCAUUGGGAUUUUUGAUAUAAGACUCUUAAAUAUUGAUAGGCAUGCAGGAAAUUUACUUGUGAAGAAGAAACAAAGGCAUGAGAAUUGUGAUGUUGGGGUGGUUGGCCUUGUGCCGAUUGAUCAUGGACUCUGCCUUCCCGAGUGGCUCGAUGAUCCAUAUUUCGAGUGGCUUCACUGGCCUCAGGCGUCGGUACCUUUCUCUGAGAACGAACUUGAGUACAUUGCCAAUCUUGAUCCCGUCAAAGAUGCAGAACUCUUAAGAUCUGAGCUUCCUGCUAUAAGGGAGGCCUCCAUUAGAAUCCUCAUUCUGUGCACCAUUUUUCUGAAGAAGGCUGUAGCUUCUGGGCUUUGUCUUGCUGACAUUGGUGAAAUGAUGACCCGGGAAUUCGGCAGUGGAGAAGAAAUCUUAAGUGCAUUAGAGAACCUUUGUGCUCGAGCUAUGGCCAUUGUACCGACUAUCAUUUCGGGUGAGCGAGAAUCCAGACACGAAAACGGAGACCUGGAAAUGUUGAAAUUCGAAAGCGAAAGCACAUAUGAUGGUCGCAACAAAGAGGUUUUUGGUCCCCAUCUCCGAAAGACACCUGAAAUCCUCAAGCCUCCAAAAGUUCCUAAGCUCCCAUGUCCUACAACUGGAUCAAAGCGAUAUGAGUAUGACAUCAACGACUUUAACUACAUGGUUGUUCCGAAAAGUAGUAACCAUGUUGGUUUGACGAAGAGCAAGAGUUUCUCGGUGCAGAAGCUUCACAGCGAGAGCGGGGCAAUCAUGUUUGGAAAAAUGAGUCGGGAUGAGUGGGAGGUGUUUUUGGAUAGUUUUGAGAAGCUUUUACCGACAGCACUCGACGAGACGAGACGCGUGGGCUCAAAGCUUCAGAGGAUGGGAACUUCUUGCAAGUUCUGAUUUUCUUUUCUCAGGGUGAAAUCAAAGGAGACCGUUCAUAGUAUAGACGACGACGACAACAACGACGAUAGGGAGGGGGGCAGAAAGGGAAAAGUGAGUGGUGAGUUAGGCAGCCAUCCUUUCCCUCUCAUAUUUUCUUUUGCUUGUAAUACAAAUUCAUAUGAAAUGGCUGCAUUGAAAGCGGUUUUGUUGCAGGUCAUAUGAUGUGUCCUUAGAAAAUAUUCUUCAGCUCUUUCCCUCUUUUGUAAGCUCAUAAUUCAUUUACUUGUAUUAAGUAAUAUAUGUUCAUUCUGUAUUUACAUUGAAUGUCUUUGGACAUUUACUUGUAUUUUGCUCCUUUGCUCAUCCUUAUUAUUGGAUCUUCAUUUUG